AUGAUCACUCUGUACCACACCCGUACACAAACGAAGACUAUUCUUAACCCCUUGGACGCAAUCUGCAAUGUAAAGAGAAACGACGCUGUUUGUGUGAGUAACCUGAAGUCGGCCAGGCCCGUGGACAAAGCCAUCCUACAAGAAAGACCUGAUGUCAAGAUCUUCCUGCCGUUCAGAUUCCACUUCUACAAGCCAAAGGAUCUGUUCAAGGAAAAUACUUACAGGAACUAUCUAGUGGCUCCCGGUGGUGACCAUGUCCUAAGUUUGGUAGAUGAGAUCUCAUACCGAGCACCACCAGCGCCGCCGCUGUCACAGAUGCAUGAGUUGUCACCUGAACUCUUCUGCAAUGGAGACAACAGACCAGCUGACUGCGCCGUCGACUGCCGCUGCACACAUAUGAUAGACGUGCCUCUCAACUCCAUUGUAGAAAUCGUACUCGUUGACGAAGUACAAUCACCGAAUCUGUCGCAUCCGUUCCACCUUCACGGUACUCCGUACAACGUGAUCGGUAUCGGCAGAUCUCCAGACAAGAAUAUAAAGAAGAUUAAUUUGAAACACGCCCUGGACCUGGACAGGAAGGGUCUCCUACACAGGCAGUACAACCUCCCACCCUUCAAAGAUACUCUUGCUGUACCCAACAACGGGUACGUCGUAUUAAGACUGAAGGCUGAUAACCCAGGAUAUUGGUUGUUCCACUGUCACUUCAUCUAUCACAUAGUAAUAGGAAUGAACCUAAUUCUUCACAUCGGCACACAAGGGGACCUGCCACCCGUGCCUCCGAACUUCCCUCGAUGCGGCGACCACCUACCAACGAUCACUCCGCCGUACUUCCCGAUACACUGAGACAAUCGAGAACUCAAUGAUAAAUCGAUAUUCGUAAUCGAUUAGUGAAAAACCAAACAGGAGUGUAAAGCAUCGCGUACUGCCAUAUUUUGUUCUGUUGUUGAAAUAUGAACAACGUGCGAAUGGGAUAAAUAUUUGUUAAUGUUGUCUUGUAAAUAAUGUUCUAAGCUUAAGUUUCUGUUCUAAAUAACUGACAUCUGUUUCGCGUAAGAGACCAAAGUAUUUAAUCAGAUCACGAUCAUUAUUUAUAGAUAUAAGUAUACGACCAGCUUGUGAUCGACGCGGCGACUAGAUCCGCCAUUGUUGAAUUCCUUUGAUGUGUGUAGUUAAAUGUUAUUGUUACUCGUUUUAUAAUUUUGUACAUAAAGUUAGAAUAAGAUGUGUUAUUGUUAGGUUAUAUUAGUGAGGGGCGUAAAUGUAAUGUUAUUCCUAAAUAAAUUUUAACGUAAAGGGGUUAAGUGCAAAUACGUAAUUACCAACUCGUAAUAUUUAGAAUGGUUAUUGUAAUUACAUCCUUCCGACAAGACUGCACAGUUUCUUUUGUCUGGGCCUGCGAACACUUCACUUUAAAUUGUUUGUUUCCAUCAUGUGUCGGAAGGGCUUGAUAGGCCUUUUAACUUUAUAAAAACAUGUUUAUUCAAUUUACCUCAAGUUACCGACCAUCAUGUAACUUGAGACCGUAACCUGUGUUACGGUGUAACGUGUAUCUCUAUGCAAAAAUUGCAAUGAUAUUAGUUUGUAUCGCCAUUCAUAUAAUUUAGUUCAUGUACAAUUCAUAUUCACUCUUUGAGAUGGUUGCAAAGUGCUAACGAGAUAAUCUUUCACUUAAGAUAAAAACUCGCAUUUCUUUCGUUAAGAGAAACGAUACACGGAUGCCUGAAGACAGAAAAAAUAUGAAUGCCUGCUUAAUUAAUACUUCCGUCGCAUUCUAAACGAUGAAUCAUCGUUAAUACGAUUUUAGAAUUACAUUUGCAAAAAUAUUCUAAGCGCUUUCGUGUGCUCCUAUUUGCUAGCUACUGUUUACUUUUAAUUUUCUCGACUCAUUAUUUACUCAAAAUAGUUUACAUUGCUUAUAUAAUGACUUCCAUUUUUUUUUAAUUCCAUUUUCAAAUUAAUUUUACGCUUUCUUUGUUUUUCGGCCAGCACUUAAAUUAUACGGCAAUAAAAACUAUUUAAUGCAAACCUUUUUAAUAACGUUCAAGUAAGUAAACAAAUAACUCAUUAGAUUACUUAAAAGAUUUUUUUAAUGCCGUAAGCGUAACGUUUAGUUGAUUUCGUGUUAAAACAUAGUUGACUUAGAUUGUAAGUAUUUAUCUUAUUUGAAAGAUUAACUCUAAGCUAUCAAUAUAAAGACACAGGGUAAUAUUUUGUCAGAAAGUAUACACCUGUGUUGGGUCUGCAAUAUGGAAAGACUCCACCAUUUUCCAUAAUUUUAUACUCUUUAAAUUAUUAUCAUUAAACUCUUCGAACACCAUGUCGUAUAUUUAGGAAACAGUCAUUUUAUAUUGAAAAUAAA